GGAGGCCACGCCAUCGAGAUGGGUUCCUCUUGGGUACCUGGGAUGGGGUGUGUGGGUGGGCCCGGGCUGAUGGCAUUGCUGCUAGUUGGUCUUCUGACAGGAACCUUGGCUAAGAGCAUCGGGACCCUCUCAGAUCCAUGUAAGGACCCCACACGGAUCACCUCCCCCAACAGUCCUUGUCUCAUUGGAAAGACUGGCUCCAACAGCGUCAGCAGCCACAGUGGUUCCAGCGGCCAAGGUGGCCUCAGCUUCACCAGCCACACUGGCUACAGUGGUCAGAGUGGCUCCAGUGGCCAGGGUGGCUCCAGCUUCAGCACCUAUGGUGGCUCCAGUGGCCAGGGUGGCUCCAGCAGCUUCACCAGCCACACUGGCUCCAAUGGUCAGAGUGGCUCCAGUGGCCAGGGUGGCUCCAGCAGCUUCACCAGCCACACUGGCUCCAGCAGCUCCGUUUCGGGUCCCAGUGGUCCCAGCAGUGGCUCCAGCGUCUUCCAGGGUGGCUCAGGGUCUGCACUAUUUAAGCCAGGAACCGGGUAUUCCCAGAUCAGCUACUCUCAGUCAUCAAGCAGCCGGGAAGGACCAGGGCAAGGCUCCGCUCUACCAACCAACGACAGAAGUUCCUCUCUGGCUGGAGGCUCUUACACUUCGGGGAUGUCCAGCAGCAGCUCCAACCUGCGCCCCUGUAGCUCAAAUGUGCCAGACUCUCCCUGCAGUGGGGGGCCCAUCGUCUCACACUCCGGCCCCUAUAUCUCUAGCUCCCACUCCGUGUCAGGUGGGCAGAGGCCUGUGGUGGUGGUGGUUGAGCAGCACGGCUCUGGGGGCCCUGGAGUGGUUCAAGGUAUGCCUUGUAGCAAUGGCGGCCUCUCAGGCAAGCCCUGCCCCCCCAUCACCUCUGUACAGCAGCCCUAUGGCGGCUAUGAGGUAGUGGGUGGCUCUGCUAACAGUUAUCUGGUCCCAGGUAUGACCUACAGCGGCGGUAAGAUCUACCCUGUGGGCUACUUCACCAAAGAUAACCCUGUCAAGGGCUCUCCAGGGGCCCCUUCCUUUGCAGCUGGCCCCCCCAUCUCUGAAGGCAAAUACUUCUCUAGCAAUCCCAUCAUCCCCAGCUACAGCUCUCCCAGUUCCAAUGGCUACCCAUCUGGAGCUUCCUCGGCUAUUGUGUUCCAGCCUGUGGGCGCUGGUGGAGUCCAGCCCUGUGGAGUUGGCUCCAUGAGCUCUAAGGGGCCCUGCAAUCUCUCCAGUUCGAAAGUGCACAUCGCCUCGAGCAUUUCCAGCAGCUCCAGCUCCUCCUACCAACCCUGUGGAGGUGGUGUUUCCCAGGGGCCCUGCUCCCCACCAGGCCCUGGCUCCCUCUCCAUCAGUGCUGGUGGAAGCCACAGCCCAUCCUCCAUCUCCAGUGCCAAGAUCAUCUUGCAGCCCUGCAGCAAGUCCAGCUCCCCUGGCCACCCCUGCCUUUCUGUUUCCUCCUCCCCACUGAGUGGGGGUCCUGAUGGCUCUCCUCAGCCUGACCCCUCUGCUGGGGCCAAGCCCUGUGGCCCCAACAGCAUCAGUAGGGUGCCUUGUCGCUCCAUCCGGAACAUCCUGGCACGAGUGAAGCCUCUGGGACCUCAGUUAGCUGACCCUGAAGUUUUCCUGCCCCAGAGAGAGCCCAUUGACAGCCCAUAAGUCGGUUUUUGUAAGUGCGUCCAUGGGCGCAUGUGCUUGCACACUGGUCAUCUCCCAGCUGGGAGGCGUCCAGGGACUCAGGAAUGGGGUUAGCUCAGUUUCCCACCUCCAGCCUAGGAGAGCUGCUUCACUUGUCCUUCCAGCCCAGAGUUGUCUGCUCUCUUUGUACUUAGGCUCCUGCCCAGUAGUGGACUCCAGUCACCUUUCUCAUUCUCACCUACUGCUUUGAUCCCCUAUCACCAUGGUGCCCACUCUGCUCUGUCACCACCCUUAAAGCUCCCUUUGCGGUUUCUUUGAGAUGGGCCAUUGUCCAAGCACACUUAAUUCAGGUUCAAGACCAGGAAGCCCCUGAGUCGUCCUCAACCUCCCAUGUCUAGACAAUUGACCCUUUUCUCUCCCCAAUUACCAGAAAACCAUCCCUACUCUUCCAGACAUGUCUUGAUUUAUCCAACCAACCCCUAGAUCACUGGGUUCUCCCUCCUGAAUCCACCUACCGUCCAUCACAACUCUCACCACAACCAGCACACCCUUGUCUCCCAAGCUGUCUUCUCAACCUCUCCCUGGCUGCUUGCUCUCUGAAAGCAUGGGGCCUGCCCACGGUGCCUGUGGACACCAGGGUCAUCUGCAGAGCCUGGCACAGAUACUGCCUGGUGUUCCUGUGGACACCAGGGCAUCUGCAGAUGGCAUAGACUAUCAGCUCUCUUUGGAUCUUGAUCACAGCUCAAUAAAUGGUGUGAACUCUGAA